GAAUUAUGAAAUAUAAGAACGACUUAAUACACUACAACAACCCGCGAUCAUGUCGAGACAUUUUCGAUUCAUUUCUCGUACUGUUUUUGUAAAAAAUAACGAAAUUGAUGAUGCUCUAAACAGUAUAAAUAGGUUAAUGAGGAAUGAAAAAAUAUCAGAUGCCAUAAGAAGAAAUCAGUACUACAUAACACCAUGUGAGAGGCGACAACAGGUGGACAGAGAAAGAGCAAAGAGACUGUAUGGUUCAGGGAUGGCUAAAAGAGUGAACUUUUUGAUGCGAAAAAGUCGUCCAAAUCCAUUUCCAAGAUAACAGCAAACUUAGUGGAUAGAGACCAUGUUUUUCAAUGUAUAAAAAAUACAGUUGUCGUGAUGGGAAACUAAAGAAUCAAAAGCAAUUCUAAAGUUUUGUUUUUGAACUGCUGUGAAUAUGUUAAAUUGUAUUAAGACUGAUAUUUAGUUUUACAUAAAGGAAAUAUAUUGAAAGAAAAAUAAAUCUUGAUGCACAGGACUUGUGUUUAAAACAGUUUUAUAUAAUCAGACAAGAAAUGUUCUACUGUCAAAAUGAUCGUCAAAAUAUUUACUGUGUCUUGUUUGUGAUACUAUAUAUGUCAUUUGAGUGUGUCUUGUACGAGGGUUGUUCAAAAAGUUCGUGGAUGAUAUCAAUCUUCGUUAUAUUACUCACUAGAAAUUUAAAAUAAACACAUAUAAUAUGUAAAAAUA